UCAUAAAAAUUGCAGACUUAGUUUAGAAAAAAAGGAGAAAAUGAUUGUUAUUUAUUUACUGCUAUCCUGCCUAGUUAUGGACCAUGCUUUCAUGGUGAUUGCAAUGAAUGAGUCUCUUCAACCCUGUUGGAGGCAAUGAUCAUUGUUUGUUUCCACUCUAGCUUGCUCUGUGGACCUUUUCAUAAGUUUUUGUUGUUGUUUUGGUUUCGAUCACAACAAACCUACUCAGGCACAUGUUAAAGACAUAGCAGGAGUGUAAGAAACUGACAAAGAAGAAAAGAGAGGCUUGGUCUCACAUUGGAAUUGGGAACAUCAUGCCCUGAAUUUACGCCCAACAUUCUAUCAUGUGGUGGUGCCGUUCGGCGCAAUUGAGCGCUCUCCCGCUACGCUUGGCUCGCCGAACGUGGGCCAGCACCAUACGCGAUCACUGGGCUCCCGGCGCGUCCUGCGCCACUGUCAAUCAGUUGCGACCCAUCUGGCUAUCAUCGCCCGGUCAUCGCGCUCAUGAAGCUAGCGCCCCCACGUCAGCUGACCCCCCACACAUGCAGCAGCGCCAAUUCAGCAAGGUCACAGAUUCGCGUCUGAUUGAACAUUAUUUGGAGGACGUGUUUGGUGAGGAGGACCCCAUGGAGCACAUGAGAAAUAUCAUGCACCCCGAGUCAAGAGACCAGGUGGUCUUCGGGCUCUGCCAAGCUCAGAGCUUGGCUCAGGUCUUUGAACACUUGGCAGAUGUGAAAGACAUAAGUCUAAGUCAGGCAGAGCAAGCGCUGGCCAGUUUGUUCCAUUUACAAAAAUUCACCGCGGAGAAGGUGAACUAUUUGCCGUCGCCCAAGUUUGGACCACAGGUUUUGGGUCAUCCUACUUUCGAGCGAAUUCUCCAGGUUAUUGAGCGGAACAUGGCCCAACAGACCUUGAGCCACGGGGCCUACACCUUCUUGGCUUUACUGCGUUUAGAGGUGCCAAUGGGGCGGGAGAUGAUGAUGCGCCUCCAGAUCCAUUUGCAACGGCACAUUAGCACCAUGGAUUUGGACGCUCUGGCUUACUUUUGCGUGGCUUUGCGCGGACGGAACUCACUCGAGACGCGUGUGCGCGAGGCUAGCUUGUCUUGGCAUAUGGCCUUGGCACCCACCCUUCCUUAUUUGGAGAAGUUUGUAGAGAGCGCUGAAAAUGCAGAAGAUAUCCGAAAGAUUGCCAUUUGCGUCAAUGCGCUCAGCCGUGUGGUCAGUAAUGAAUUUAUGGAUCGCUUCUGUAGGCGGAUCAAGGCACUUUUGGCUCAGGGUGAGUUUGCCGGGGAUGAAGCUUUGAGCUCAUUAGUCAAGGUCCUCUCCAUCUCAUUGGCCAAACGUGACUGGCACUUUUCCAAUUUUCAUUUCGUGCGUGAAAUCAUCUUACAACUGACCGGCCGCAUUCACACCCUUAGUCCGGUUCAGUUGCUUGUGGUGAAUAGGUUGGUGAGUAAGAACAAGGAUCCCGUGAGCAUUCAUUACGAAUUGGCGGACGUGUUAACCAAGAUGUAUGAGGAGCUCAAGGCCAAGCCCCAGUCCGAUUUCGUAUUUGAAAUGGAGUUGGUGCGUGCCUUAGCCACAUUAGACGUGUUCAUUUGGCCACCCAAUUAUCUCAGUCAGAGCAUCAAAAAAGCCGUAAGCCACCCUCAAAGUCAAAUGGUGAUGAGUUGUGUCUUUGAUAUCCUGCGGUGUGCUGGCUUGUUCCAUGAAUCCGUGAGCAAGGCUGUGCUGACCCGUGCUUUGGAGGCAUGUAAGAACAACCCUCCAGAUUUUCACCGACUCAUUGUGCGGUAUUAUGAUUUAGCCAAUAACAUGUCACACAAGAUUCGUGACGUGGACUUUGAACAAAAAGCUGUGGCCUUGAUCAGAGAGACAAUUAUGACGUGCCCGUUCCCAGGCCGUUUUAGCAGUCAUUUGAGUUUCAUCAUCGCGUAUGAUGGAGAAGUGAGCGAACCACUCCUUCAACGCUUCUUGCAGAUGGUUCCAAACAUGAAUGCGUUCUGUAUUCUGUUGAUUUCGCGAAGCUUGGAAACGCGCACCAAGCAGACUAGCGCCAGGACCUACCAGAAUUUCCAAACCAUUCAGCUGGCUCUCUCCAAACGAGCUCAAGACCUCUUGGCCGUCGACCAGACAUCGCCUGAAAAAUUCAUUCUGCUGAAAAGCCAAUAUAGCCGUCAAAAAGCUUCGGAUUCGGCCUAUGAUGUCAAUGUCCGUGGUCAAGUCCAAUUAGUAAGUCCGACAGACUUAGACCUAAAUGCGGUCACCGUACGUCGAAUCAGUCAAUCCAUGAAGAAUCUCUUCUUUACCAUGGACAUCGAUCGACCAAACGACUUCAUUGAGAAGGCCAUCAAGUACGUCAUAACUCAUCAAGAACAUUUACAUAACUACGUGACCAAUGUGGUCCUUGGCUUCCUAUUCACUGCCAAUUAUGACGGGCACAUCCCCAACGAGUUUUUUGAUGUCUGUUCCAAGGCAUUGGUGCGGGAUAUGAACUACGAAAGCGCCAUUACGAUCCUUCAAGGUGGGAUUGCUUUUUCUUUUUUUAACCAGAUGAGCCCGACCUUAAUCAGUAAGUUGUUCAACGUCGAUUUCAUGGACCGCUUGGAUCAGGAGCUGAAGGUGUGUGCCGAAACAGGGGUUAACGGGUAUCCCAGUCGGAUACGUCGAUCUGUUCUCAUGCUGAAUCGUUCAGUGAUCCUGAAUACUUAUGCCUUCAGCAAGGAGGUGCUCAAAGGAUUCUUGGCUUUAACUGUGAGANUGUGUGCCGAAACAGGGGUUAACGGGUAUCCCAGUCGGAUACGUCGAUCUGUUCUCAUGCUGAAUCGUUCAGUGAUCCUGAAUAGUCCCGAGUACAAAGUGCCAUGGUUGGAAGAUGACCUCACUCCGGUGGACGUGGCCAGUCGAAAUUGGGUUAUGUUAUACACGGCUAAUAUGCGGCAAGAGGUCCAACUCAUCCUGGGCGAGAUCUUGGGCGGGCGAGAAUACUUUCAGGAGCACCUCUUCACACCUUAUUACUCCUUCAUAGACUUUGAAGUGGUGAUGAAUGCAGAGGGCAAACCAGUCAAGAAGGAGAAGGGCAGUCCCAUGCGCGCCCUCACUGUGCUAAAUCGUUCGGAAAUUAAUCAGGAGACAGAUCUGGAAAAGCAAUGGACUCGCUAUGCCAUCUUGAUUAUGGCGCCUCAAGCUUAUGCCUUCAGCAAGGAGGUGCUCAAAGGAUUCUUGGCUUUAACUGUGAGAAACAUUGGGAAAGAAGGAUUUAAAGUGAUUUGUAUUAAUCCUUUCCAAUGGCAUGGCAUGCACAUGGUCAAUAAAACGGGCAAGGCCGAAUUCUUGAAAGAACAACUCGGAAUGAAACGGUGAUAGAAAUAAAACUUCUUAUUAACUGA